AUGCCAUUAGUUUCUGAUAGUCGUCCAGAAUUCCGUGGAAACAUACUUCGAGAUUGUAUGCUACAUUUACCUAUCCCUUUAAAAAUGCCGUCUACGGUGGCAGUUGGUCUUGAUGGUGUAGAAAGUCAACGAAAGGCUGACGAGCUUUUGGGAAGACUGAAUAAUGAAACUGAGAGUUAUCAUACAAUAAAGCGUCCUUUCAAGCCAUUGUUGUAUACGGAUUCAAGUCUUUAUUGUACUUCAAUGCCGUUCACUGAUGCAAUGGAACUUGGUAGUCCAGGUGAUGGACUUAUUAUACGCCCAUCUAAACUCGGUUUAUUCAUUUUACAUGAUUCCAAGUUAGCGCUUUCCUUGUGAUGCAGCUUGAUGAUUUCCUCAAUGUAUGUCCUGUCCACUUCCAUCGUACUUUUCUAAUUUCUUCGUCUGGAAGCUGGGUUAUUCUCUCCCACAGUCGACUGUUGCUGAUGAUAUCCGGUCAACGGACAUUGAGUAUUUUGUGUAGACAAUUGUUUAUAAAUACUUUUAUCUUUUUGAUGAUGGUCGUAAAAGUCGAGAUGAAGGCCACUUGUUGAGUAUACAACAGCGAAUAAUCUUCGAUGUAUUACCUUUUUCGCUAGCUUCUUUAAUGGCUUCAAAUGUGACCGGCAGUCCGGAAACUGAGUAUGCCCACACUGUGUGAACUUCUUAUGGGAACCAAUUAAUCUUGAGAGGGCAUCUACCUGUCCGAAAUCCAUUGUCGGUUGAUGCUUUAUCUUGAAAUCAUAACUCAGCAGUGUAAUCUUCAAAGUAAGGUUCCCUAUACGAACUGUCAAAUUCUUUCUCAUCAUCAAGGAAGUUGAUGUAUAGUGGUGAGUUCCAUUCAUUUGAUUACUCAACGAUGAUCCGUAUUGUUCUAUGCGUGACUGAUCCUUGCGGAAUCCAGCUUGUUGAUCUCGA